AUGGAGACCAUGGACUCCUAUGGACUCACAUGCAAAGGAGGACCGAGCCAUAUGCGAGGAGGGCCAGGCACAGCCACGAGGAGGACCAAGCUCAAGGAGCAGGCACAGCCACGAAGAGGACCAAGCUCAGAUGGUUACCACUCAGGGGCACGAGAGACAAGAGUCAUAGGACACUGGCAAGCAGGUCCUGCGGAAGAGGAGCAGUGUCGAAGGAGUCGACACCAGGUCAUGAGGAGGAGGAGCAGUGUCGAAGGAGUUGACACCACUCAAGAGGCACAGGGGUGCCAAGCAGGAGAGGCCCCUGAGCAGUACUCGAUGAAGAAGGUACUCUCUGGAGAGAGAGCAGGAGCAGCAUCGCUGGCGAUGCUGUGA